UAGUGUUUGUAAGAUAAAAACUAAGUUAUGGGUAUGAAGAGUUUUUUAACUGGAGUAUUUCUCAUUUCAAGUGUGUAUCUUCUUUUCAUACAUCAAUUUCAAAAUGCUUCGGCCGCUCCAGGAAAUGUAAAUAAUGUAGAUUCACAUAGGUUAAGGGCUAGGCCUUUUUCUAGACUAACUCCCCGGACGUCCCAAUAUAGUCGGAUUAAAGCAGAGCCUAUUAACGAAUUUAUAGUGGACGAUGAUGACCUUUUCGAGCUUUCAAAACGCCAGACUUCGGACGAUUAUGGGCAUUUGCGUUUUGGUAAGAGGGGAGAAGAACCGUUUGACGACUACGGACAUAUGAGAUUUGGAAGAAGUGGAAGUGAUUAAUUAAAUUUAUUUAUUGUUGUGUUAUUUAUGUUCUAACAGUUUCGUGUYAAUAAACAAAAAAUGGCUGGUAAUAAAUUUUGCAAUGUAA